AUGUACGAAUCCUACCUUUUCACCCUCAUCAUGCCAGCCGCCAUCCUCGCCUAUAUCAAUGCCGAUCUUGGCCCAGACCCCAAAUAUCCCUGGAUAACAGUGUGCUGGAACCUCGGAGCUGCUAUCAUCGUCACCGUAGGCGGUCGUCUCGCCGACAUCUUUGGCCGUCGAUGGUUUCUCCUAACAGGCGCGGUGUCAGCCGCAGUCGGCGCCCUCGUCGGCGCAACCGGACAAUCCAUAAACCAAAUGAUUGUUUCUGGUGUGCUCUUCGGUUUUGGCGGCGGCUUCCAAGAAAUGUGUUUCGCUUGUGCUCAAGAACUCGUUCCGAACCGGUACCGCUUUGCUACACUCGGCAUUAUGAUUCUCGCAAACCAUGUCAGUAGUUUUGGACCGCUGAUUGGAUAUGCGUUUAUUACCUAUACGAGUAUUGGGUGGAGAGCGUGCUAUUGGUUUUGCUUUGCGUUUGAGAGUGCGACGGCGAUUAUGUUGUGGCUGUUCUACAUGCCGCCUAGUUUUGAGACGAAACAUGAGGACGAUUAUAAGACGAAAUGGCAGCUGGUGAAGGAAUUGGAUCAUAUGGGACUGUGGUUGUUUACAGCAGGAUGCUUACUCUUGCUCUUGGGUUUGAAUUGGGCAAGUGUAACGUACCCCUGGUCAAGCGCGCAUGUCGUGGCACCCAUUGUGAUAGCAUUUGCAUGCUUCAUAGUGCUCGGAUUCUGGGAAGUUUACGCAAACCUCAAAUAUCCCAUUCUACCCCCAAAGCUGUUUGUUAAAUGGCGAGAGUUCACCGCUCUUCUUGUUGUCUGCUUCGUAGCCGGCAUGCUCUACUAUAGCAUGAACGUACUUUGGCCGCGGCAAUCGUCCCUUCUCUUCGUUCCCGCAGGCGACACAAUCAUUCGUGGCGUCUACGCCAAUAUGGUGUCAUUUGGCACUAUAAUCGCUGGUUGGUAUUGCGUCCUAGUAAUGCCUUGGGUGGGACACGAACGGUGGCAGCUCGUUACGCUCAUCUGCGCUCAAACAGCCCUAAUCGGAUCCAUGGCAAGCAUCGGUAUCAACGACAAAGCCCAAGCGAUUGCUACGGUCGUAAUCGUGGCCGCGUGCAACCUACCCCCAAGCCCCUUGAGUUUCGGAAUGGUUAGUCUAGGCCUGGAUGACCAGAGUGACAUCGGCGUCGCAGUGGGUCUAAUCUCAACAUUCCGCCUUAUCGGCGGCGCCGUCGCAACCAGUAUCUACGUAUCCAUUUACACAUCGCGAUACCAGUCUAACAUCACACCUAUCCUUCACCGUUUGACGCAGGACACCGGAUACACUGGGUCCUUCCAGGCUUUGCUGAAGGCGACCGCGGCAAAUACUCAAGCGACGUAUGCGAAGGUUCCGGGGAUUACUCCGGAGACUAUGCAGGCGGCUAUGUUAGCUGUUAAGACGUCGUAUGUGGGUGCGUUUAGGCUGGUGUAUUUGGUAGCAAUUGCGUUUGGGGUUUGUGCAAUUGCGAGUGCGCUCAGUACGAGAAGUGUGGAGAAGGCGAAGAAGAGUAAUGAGCAGGCUGUUAGGCUGGAGACGGAGAAGGAGAAUAUAUUGGUUUGA